CUGACACUAUUAUUUUUCUGGGUGACAUCAAAGGGACAAAUGAAUUCAAAGUCAAAGCGUCAUUUGAGAGCUCCAGAUAGGAUCAGUGGGUUAUCAGAUGCACUUCUUUGGCACAUACUUUCGUUUGUUGAAACACAAGAUGCUGUGAGGACCUGUAUUCUGUCUACAAGAUGGAAGAACAUAUGGGCAUCUGUUCCUACUCUAGACUUUGACCCGAGCUGUUUUCGUUACCCUUCUAAAUUUUUGGCAUUUGUUGAUCAUGUACUUCUCUUACGUUAUUCAUCAAACAUUCAAAAGUUUCGGCUUCAUUGGGAAGGUAUUAAUGUGGAUGACUAUCGUAUUCAUGCUUGGAUUCAUGCUGCCAUUAGGCGCAACGUUGUUGAACUUGAUCUCUGUGCUGGGUAUUCAGAUGAAACCAGGAUUUUUGAGUUGCCUAAAAGCCUUGUCAUGUGCAAAACACUGGUAAUGUUGAGGUUGACAUCACAAUUUAUUACCAGUAUUCCUGCAUCAGGGUGUUUCCCUAGUCUGAAGUCCCUCCAUGUUACAUUGCAUGUCAAAGUUAAUAAAUCAAUUUUUGAUGUUUUGUCCAACUGCCCGAUACUUGAAGAUUUGACUAUGGACGGUUCUCUUCAAGACAUGAAUCCCUUGAAUUUAAUAAUUACUGCCCCUGCACUGAAGACACUAAGAAUAUGGUUCUAUGUUGGUUUUGGUAGCUACUGCUAUUUUAUUAAUUGCCCAAAGCUUGAAAAUUUUUAUGUGACAGAGGAUUUUCCGUCAACAUAUUAUUUGAAGGAAGCAAAAUCCCUAGUCAAAGCCAGUAUUUAUCUACGUCGGCAUUGUUCAAAUGAACAACCUGGUUUUUACCGUGUGACUGAGCUUUUGGCAGAAGUAUCCAAUGUUACAUAUUUAUGUCUUUUAGCUCAUUGUUUUGAGGUUGGUUCUCUGCCUGCUUAUGAAAAUUUGAGACAAUUGAAGCUGGUGAUUCAAGAUUGCUUUUGCUGGGAGUUGCUUACAGAGUUACUCAAAAGAUCACCUAUCCUGGAGUCUCUUGUCUUAGAAUGUGAAGUCGCCUGUUGUCUUCAAGAAGGCUCUGAUCUCGACGAGGGGUCAGAGUAUGAAGAAGGCUCUGAGCAUGAAGAGGGCUCAGACCAUGAAGAGGGGUCAGAGUAUGAACAAGGGUCAAAUCAUGAAGAGGGGUCAGAGCAUCAGUGGAACCCACCAGAUUGUGUGCCUACAUGUUGUUUGUCACACCUCAAGAUUGUCACCAUAAGGGGAUUCACAGGAAAAGGCGAUGAGUUGGAAGUGGCAAAGUACUUGCUGAAGUAUGGUCAAGUUUUGAAUAAGAUGACUAUUUCUAUGGAUCGUCUUGAUUUGAAUGAAAAAGAGAAGAUUUAUAAGGAGUUUUUAAUGGUUCCAAGGGGUUCAAGAACUAGUAUAGUUGAAUUUAUCUAGAAUGCAUUUUAAUGUCUUAUGGGGAUUUUUGUUUUGUGCAAUUCUAGCUUUCAAAGGUGUAAAAGACAUACUCUGUUCA